AAUGGAGGGCAUCAGACAAACAAACAGAACCUUUAAAGUGCCAGACCGCCGCAUCCGCCGCCACUAGCGGAGACUGCCCCGCCGCGCUUUCUCCAAGUUCAGCUGACGGCCGCCGUGCCUACUCCAGGCCCCGCCGACGCCCUGUGAAGAAGACCCUGGUUGCGCUGGCGCCCAUCGCGAGCAAGAAGCUCUGAAACUCGACGGCGGAGCCUCAAGCUCGUGCGCCGAAGUUCAUUCUUUCGCCCUGUAGAAACAAAGGGCAGAAAUUGGCUAGGACUAUCCUGGCCCCCCACUGGCCAUGGCGUGUGCUGCUUACAGCAUCAGAAGCCCUCUCAAGCUCGCUGUAAGGCACGGCUCGGAUGUGUUGAGUAGCAACAACUUGUGCAAUGGCUUUAAGUCUUCGGUGUCUUACCUCAAUUCUCAACGUUGGAGCAGCAACUGCUCAGCCGUCACAAUGCGGCAUGUCGCAUCCCAUUGUCACUCGAUUGUUAAGACUCCAGCAAUGUGGCCCUCAAAAGCUUCAGCAACUGAUGCAGCCACAGCUUCCGAUGAGAGGAUAACUGUACUGGUCAUUGGUGGUGGAGGCAGGGAGCAUGCUCUUUGUUAUGCCUUGAACCAUUCCCCAUCAUGUGCUGCAGUUCUAUGUGCCCCUGGUAAUGCUGGUAUUGCUCAGUCCCGGGAUGCAACAUGUAUCCCAGAUUUGGACAUCUCGAGUAGUGAUGAUGUUAUCUCAUUCUGCCGCAAGAGGGGAGUGGGAAUGGUUGUAGUGGGCCCUGAAGCCCCUCUUGUCGCGGGUCUUGCAAAUGACCUUGUCAAAGUUGGGAUACCAACCUUUGGCCCUUCAUCAGAGGCUGCAGCUUUAGAAGGAUCAAAGGACUUCAUGAAGAAGCUGUGUGAUAAGUAUAAUAUCCCUACAGCUAAGUAUCACACAUUUACGGAUGCUGUGGAAGCUAAAAAAUAUGUAAAAAAUGAAGGAGCACCUAUUGUUGUUAAAGCUGAUGGACUGGCUGCUGGAAAGGGUGUGGUUGUUGCAAUGACUUUGGAUGAGGCGUUGGAAGCCAUAGAUUCUAUGUUGGUUGAAGGCUCAUUCGGUUCUGCUGGUUCACGGGUUAUCAUCGAAGAAUUUCUAGAGGGUGAAGAAGCGUCUUUCUUUGCAUUGGUAGACGGCGAAAAUGCUUUGCCUCUUGAAUCGGCACAGGAUCACAAAAGAGUUGGUGAUGGUGAUGUUGGCCCAAAUACCGGUGGUAUGGGUGCAUACUCCCCUGCUCCAAUAGUGACAGAUGAGCUCAAACGCAUUGUAAUGGAAAGUAUAAUUAUCCCUACUGUUAAAGGCAUGGCAGCCGAAGGUUGCAAAUUUGUUGGUGUAUUAUACGCAGGGCUUAUGAUAGAGAAGAAAUCUGGGCUGCCCAAGCUUAUUGAGUACAAUGUAAGAUUUGGUGACCCAGAAUGCCAGGUUCUGAUGAUGCGAUUAGAAUCUGAUCUGGCACAAGUUCUGUUAUCUGCUUGCAAAGGAGAGUUGAGCAAUGUUUCACUGACCUGGUCUCCUGAAAUGGCUAUGGUGGUUGUGAUGGCAAGCCAGGGAUACCCUGGCUCUUAUAAGAAGGGGACCGUAAUAAAAAACGUGGACAAGGCUGAGCGAGUGUCUCCAGCUGUCAAGAUAUUCCAUGCUGGGACAGCAGUAGAUGGUGAUGGCAAUCUUGUUGCCGUUGGAGGGAGAGUCCUUGGCUUCACUGCCAAGGGCAAGGACAUCGAGGAAGCAAGGGCAAGAGCGUACGGUGCGGUAGACGCUAUCGAGUGGGUAGAAGGGUUCUGCAGGCGUGACAUUGGUUGGAGAGCACUGAGGCAGAAGCAAGUGGCUAACCAGUAGCUAUUCCAUGACCAUGAGAUUUCCCCAGAGAACCGCAACUACGGUGAGCCUGUACUGUUUACAAGUAAUAAAAAGGGAAACGGUGCGACCCCCAUUGUUUUUGGUUGUGGAAAGACAAGUAUUGCUGAUCAAACAGUAGUUAACACCUGUUGAUUUCAGCAUGAUUCGGUAUAUGUUUGCACCGAUAUUGUGUUCAGAGUCCAGACAAGCGCUAGAGUGAAAACAGCGCGCGCCAUCUGAAUUCUGACCAAUUGUCUUCAGUUAUCGGAUAAGUGGACCUUUCCAAAU